UAUAUUCGCGCCUCUAAUUUCAUCUCUCUCUCUCUCACACACACACACACUCAAAUACUAAUUCUUUUUGUACAACACCACAUCUUCUUCUCUGAAUUAGCUAUAAUUACACCCAAUAAAUUCAAGAACCAAUUUUGUGGAAGGCUGCUGUUGUCUUGGUUGCUCACACUGAAGAAUCUUAAGAGUUUCUUCUGAUUUAGAGGGUGAAAGACUCUGGCUUUUGAAGGGCUUGAUGGAGAGAGAAAACGAAGUUUUGAAGCCAAAGAUGGAAGAUUAUGAAGCAAUACAGCAGAUUGGGAAGGGUGCUUUUGGAGCUGCAUUUCUUAUGCUCCAUAAAACUGAGAAUAAAAAGUAUGUUCUAAAGAAAAUUCGUCUCUCGAAGCAGUCGGAGAAGGUCAAGAGCAAAGCACUCCAGGAGAUGGAAUUGAUUGCAAAACUAAGCCAUCCGUAUCUAGUUGAAUACAAAGAUGCUUGGGUGGAAAAGGGAAACUGUAUCUGCACGCUGACUAACUAUUUUGAAUCAGGAAAUAUAUCUGAUGUGAUAAGGAAGGCAAGACGGGCGUAUUUCCCCGAGGAGAAAAUUUGCAAAUGGAUGACUCAGUUGUUAUUAGCUAUCGACUAUCUUCAUUCCAACCGUGUUCUUCACAGGAAUCUCAAGUUAUCAAACAUAUUCGUGACAAAGGACAAUAACAUUUGUCUCGGUGAUUUUGGAUUAGCUAAACUUCUCAACGGGGAAAGCUUAGCCUCAUCGGUUGUCGGAACUCCCAACUAUAUGUGUCCAGAGCUUCUAGCCAAUACACCGUAUGGCUAUAAAUCAGACAUAUGGUCUCUAGGGUGCUGUAUGUUCGAGAUUGCUGCACACCAACAAGCAUUCAAAGCACCCGAUAUGAAUGGACUCAUCAACAAGAUCAACAGAUCUUUGAUCUCACCAAUGCCCAUCGUAUACUCGUCAACUCUGAAACAAAUUAUAAAGAGUAUGCUGAGGAAAAGUCCCGAACACAGGCCGACGGCUGCUGAGCUGUUAAGACACCCGCAUUUGCAGCCGUUUCUCCUUCGUUGUCAAAACUUGUCUACUGUUUUCCUCCCUGUGAAGUCUCCCUCUCCCGACUCUGCAAAUGGGAGAUCAAAUAGGUCGUCACCCCGUAGCUCCGAUGGUGGGAAAAGCCACCGAGAGAGAGAGGUGAAGCUGAAGCAAAGGGAUCUGCUUCCUUUAUUUUCAGAGAGUACUGAUACGCAGCAUCCGUCUUUACUAGACGAUGAUGCGUUGAUCGAAGAUCUACUCGAGACCAAGAGGGUCGACCCAACGAGCUACUCCGGGAAGAUGUCUCAUGACAGCGAGGACUCAAAAAGUGGGGACACGAGCGAGACGACUGAUCAUGACAAUCAUAAGUCUUCGUCGCAUCAAGAGAGCAUCUACAUGAUGGAUGCUUUGGAGAGACUGGCAAACGCGUUGCGGGAGGAGCACGAGGAGUAUUCUCUCAGAAAGAAUACGAAGUUGGGGAAAGCUAACGGAGAAGGUGGGAAUACGAAAACAAAGGUGGGGAUACCUUCUCUUGAUGAAAACAGCACCUCGACCGAUGAAAAGGUGAGAUCUGAAGUUGACGAAGAACCAAGAAGCUCGUCCCAUGAUGACGAAAGCACGGAUGGAUGUUCUGCACUUUCCUCGGAUAAGGGUCACACAAAGAUCAAAGAUGAUAUCGUAGUUGAAUUGAGGCAAACGAAGAAAGAAACAAGAGACAGGCCGUUGUUGAAUAGCCAUGAUGAUAUCUCAACUACACCAAGAGUAACCAAGAAAGCCACGGGCAGCGAUCUACUGUUGAAUACGCGGACUGUAAUGAGCAGCGAUGGCGGCGACAUGAAGCAUGAAAAUCCAGGUGAACAUAGAGCUCAUGCUUUGGAAUCGCUGCUUGAACUGUGUGCGCGCUUGCUCAAAGAGCAUAAGUUCGACGAGCUCUCGGGCGUGCUGAAGGCCUUCGGGGAAGACACCGUCUCUUCUCGUGAGACGGCUAUCUGGCUCACGAAAAGCUUAAUGGAUGCCCAUAAGCAACAGGCUGAGAACUCCUAGUUCAAGAAUUUGGACAUGCUUUAUUACUGUGUGUUCAAUUUGUAGUGAUUUGUUAUUGUAAAGAUCAAGUUUUUGUGCUUUUUGUGGAGUGUAUGUAUAAUUUGUUUGCUAAAAGGAGAGAGUGAUUGAGUUUUGCAGGUUGAAUAUGUAGAGAAAACAAGUUAGUUUGAUUUCCUUUUUUUGGCUUAUAUAAAUGUGAGUUUUACUGAAA